GGGCAGAUGUAUCACGCCUUUUGGAUCACAGCGUACUUUGGCUUCACUGCAGCCAUGGUGCUCUACAUCUACGUGAUUCAGGAAUGGGCAUCUCCACCAGAAACCUACCGCAACUACUUUGCUGCAGCCGCCCGCUGUCAGUCACACAUGGCAACCAUUGCACAAAAGGGCUCGCUUGUGGAGCGAUACUAUCUGGUGCUAGAAGAGCUAAGAGUCGAGGCUUUGCGUCAGAUGAAGCGCUUACAUCCGACCCUCGGCUUUGGCAGCUCGGGAAUCGACGCGCAGCUAGGAGGCAUCGAGGCCAUGGCGAUGCCUGUUGAUACGAGUCCGAGCACCGCCACAAAUUAUGCGGAAAUAAUGGGUGAAGCAGCAAUCGACUUUAGUGGUAUGGGUGUCGCGGGGAUCGAAGAGUUUUCUGGCUGGGGACAGUUUGCUUCGAUGGUGUCGUCUGGUCUUGGAAACCUCGACAUAUUUCACUACGAUGACACCUUUGGGUUGUGAUAGACGGCGGUGGAGAGUGCAAAGCGGCUGUGUGGCUUUAGUCAAACACUUAGUACUCUAUUCAGCCCAACACCAUGGUGGUCUAAUUCUAGUAAUGCCAUAUUCU